AUGGGAUUAGAUGCCUCGAAGGCUUCUGAUCAGAAAGGACUGAGAAGGAGCCACCUUGUGCCUGAAGCGGGCCGGGGGAGCUGUCAGGCCAGCGGUGACGUCCGCGAGUACAGGGGUCGACCGCGGACGGAGGAGGAGACAUUCGCGUCACCCCCCUGGCACCCAGCCAUGGCGAGGCUGGCAGGCGGGGGACGCUGCGUCCUGCCUCUGGCUUUCUUCCUGGUGCAGUUCUGCGUGGCCACCGAGAUCCCGCCCUCAGUUCAACAGGUUCCAACCAUCACAAAACAGUCAAAAGUGCAAGUCGCCUUUCCCUUUGACGAAUUCUUCCAACUCGAAUGCGAAGCCAAGGGGAACCCCGAACCCACGUUCACGUGGACGAAGGACGACAAGCCUUUCCACCUCUCUGACCCCCGGAUCACUGUCUCCCACAACUCGGGGACCUUCAAGAUCUCUAACGAGGGGCACGUGUCUCACUUCCAAGGGAAAUACCGCUGCUUCGCCUCCAACAGACUGGGAGUGGCCAUGUCAGAAGAAAUAGAAUUCAUAGUUCCAAAUGUUCCGAAAUUCCCCAAAGAGAAGAUCGAGCCUCUCGAGGUGGAGGAGGGGGACGCUGUGGUCCUUCCGUGCCGCCCCCCGAAAGGCCUGCCGCCCCUGCACAUCUACUGGAUGAACAUCGAGCUGGAGCACAUCGAGCAGGACGAGCGGGUGCACGUGAGCCGCCAGGGCGACCUGUACUUCGCCAACGUGGAGGAGAGGGACAGCCGGGGCGACUACUGCUGCUUCGCCGCCUUCCCCCGGCUGCGGACCAUCGUGCAGAAGAUGCCCAUGAAGCUGACCGUCCGCAGCUUAAAGCAUGCUAAUGACUCAAGUUCAUCCCCAGGAAUCGGUUCCGAGGCGAACUCGAUCAAGCAAAGAAGGCCCAGGCUGCUGCUGCCUCCCGCGGAGCGGGGCCCCGCGUCCUCGGUCACCGUCCUCAAGGGGGACGCCCUGCUGCUCGAGUGCUUCGCGGAAGGCCUACCAACUCCACAGGUUGAUUGGGAAAAAAUGGGCGGCGAUUUACCAAAAGGGAGAGAAACUAAAGAGAAUUACGGCAAGACCUUGAAGAUCGAGAACGUCUCCUACGGGGACAGAGGGACCUACCGCUGCGCAGCCAGCAACUCCCUGGGCACCGCCCGCCACGACUUCCGCGUCACCGUGGAAGAAAGCCCGUUUGCCGGGGACAUCGUCUCCCCCAGCGAGGUCAGCUUCACCAACCUGCAGCCCAACCACACGGCCGUGUACCAGUGCGAAGCCGCGAACGUGCACGGGACCAUCCUGGCCAGCGCCAACGUCGACGUUGUAGAUGUCCGUCCGCUGAUACAGACGGAGGAUGACGUGGCGUAUGCCGCCGUGGCCGGGGCCAGCGUGUCACUGCACUGCAAGUUCUUCGCCUCGCCCGAGGCCACCGUGUCCUGGCAGAAGGCGGACGAGGCGCAGCCUCUGGAGGGCGGCCGGUACCGCACCCACAGGAACGGCACCCUGCAGAUCAGCGCGACCUCACCGGACGACGCCGGCGCCUACUCGUGCUGGGUCGAGAACGCCAAAGGGAAAACCGCGGUCACCGCCAGCCUGGACGUCCGAAAUGCCACGAAACUUCGAAUUUCUCCUACGAGCCCGCGCGUCCCCAAGUCACACACGCUCGAGUUGUACUGUGAGAGCCAGUGCGACUCACAUUUGAAGCACAGUCUGAAGCUGACCUGGAGUAAAGGCGGUGAGGCCUUCGAAACCAACGGCACGGACGACGGCAGGGUAACCGUGGACGGAGCUAACCUGACCGUGUCCAACGUCACUGUGGAGGACGAGGGCGUCUACGCCUGUUCAGCACAGACCGCCCUGGACAGCGUCACGGAGGAGACCCGGGUGACCGUCCUCGAUGUCCCGGACCCCCCGGGAAGCCUCCGCUUGUCCGAGAGACACAACAGGAGUGUCCGGCUGACGUGGGAGGCCGGAGACGCCCACAACAGCGACAUCAGCGAGUACAUUAUAGAGUUUGAAGGAAACAAGGUGGACCCCGGCCGGUGGGAGGAGCUGGCGCGGGUCCGGGGAGAGGAGACGACCGCCCUGCUGCCCUUGGCCCCGUACGUGGCGUACCAGUUCCGAGUCAGCGCCGUGAACGAGGUGGGGCGCAGCCAGCCGAGCCGGCCAUCCGACCGCCACGAGACGCCUCCGGCAGCUCCGGACAGGAAUCCACAGAACAUAAGGGUUCAAGCCUCUCAGCCGAAGGAAAUGAUUAUAAAAUGGGAGCCGCUGAAGCCCAUGGAGCAGAACGGGCCGGGGCUGGAGUACAGGGUGACCUGGAAGCCGCAGGGGGCCCCCGUGGAGCGAGAGGAAGAAACCGUCAGGAACCACACGUUGCGGGUGAUGACGUCCAGCGUCUACGCCCCGUACGAGGUCCAGGUCCAGGCCGUCAACCACCUGGGCGCCGGCCCCGCACCCCAGGCCGUGGUCCUCUACUCCGGGGAGGACUACCCCGACGCGGCCCCCGAGAUCCGGGGGGUGGACGUCAUCAACAGCACGCUGGCUAAAGUGACCUGGUCAGCGGUGCCGAAGGACAGCGUCCGCGGACACCUCAGAGGAUAUGAGAUAAACUGGUGGAAAACGAGAAGCCUGCUGGACGGACGGACGCUCCCCAAGCGAGUGAACGUGCUGCGCUUUUCGGGGCCGAGAAGCUCCGGGAUGCUGCCGGCCCUCGAGGCCUUCAGCGAGUUCCACGUGACGGUCGCGGCCUACAACUCCCGGGGCGCCGGCCCCGAGAGCGAGCCCCACGCCUUCCGGACACCAGAAGGAGUUCCUGGCCAGCCCGCCUUCCUCAAGGUCGUCCAGAUCGACAAGGACACCGCCACCGUGUCCUGGGGACUGCCUCAGAAGCUGAACGGAAACUUGACUGGCUACGUGCUGCAGUACCAGAUAAUAAAUGACACCUACGAAGUCGGAGAACUGAAUGCCGUCAACAUCACGAGCCCCUCGAAGCCCAGCUGGCACCUCUCGAACCUCAGCCCCGCGACCCGGUACAAAUUCUACGUGCGGGCUUGCACGUCCAGGGGCUGUGGCACACCCCUCACCGAGGAGAGCCUCACGGCGGGUGACGGCAGUAAAGGUCUCGGGAAGCUGUCCGAAGGCGUAAACCUUACUCAAAAGCUCCACCCAGUAGAGGUGUUUGAGCCGGGAGCUGACCAUGUAGUUCGCCUGUCGACUAAGAAUUGGGUGGAUAACAGUAGCAUUUUCGAAGACGUAAUCGAGGCGAGAGGGAGAGGGUACGCUGGCCUGUACGAUGACAUCGCCACGCAAGGCUGGUUCAUCGGGCUGAUGUGUGCCGUCGCGGUCCUCACGCUCACGCUGCUGACCGUGUGCUUCGUGAAGAGGAACAGAGGUGGGAAGUACUCAGUGAAAGAAAAGGAAGACCUGCACCCAGACCCAGAGGUCCAGUCAGGAAAAGACGAGACCUUCGGCGACUACAGCGACAGUGACGAAAAGCCUCUGAAGGGAAGCGUCCGGUCGCUGGCCAGAGGCACGGAGGCCACGGGGAGCGCGGACAGCCUGGUGGCCUACGGGGAGGGCGACCACGGCCUGUUCAGCGAGGACGGGUCCUUCAUCGAGCGCUGCCCGGGGCUAGCGAACCCCCAGUUCUCCCCUGGCACCAGCACCGACUUCAUGCACAAGCCCGUGGGCAAGAUGCUCGACCCCGUGGCUGCAGACGGUCUCGACGCUGACGUGCUGACGAUGAUCCCACGGACCUUAUCUUUGUCACAGGGUGUUCUUCUGUAUGAAGAAAAAUUUGAAAAUGAUGAAAGCUAA